AGACCCAGCACGCAGACACGUGCUGUUUCCAAGUAUCUCCUUCGCUCGUUGUAAUUGCUCUUGCUCUUGCUCUUGCAUUCAGUUUAUAUUAGGUGCAUACAUUAGGUUACGUAUAAUACAUAAUCCCGUACCUAGAAGUAUUUGUGCAGGUAAUCUCCAACCUCAUGUCAUAACUAUUAUCAUCACUCAACCCUGUCAAAUCUUCAAAAAUUCUUAACACCAAGAUAAUUACCCCGCCAUUAACUACACUACACUAUGGCUGGUAAGAAGAUUGAACUGCAACGGGAAAACAUCAAGGGGGGUAUUCUUACCGACGACACCGUCUUCAAUACCCUCAACGACUAUCUCCAACUAGACAGUCCCGUCUCCGCUGCGCAAGUAGCUGCCUCCAUAGCAAAACUUGUACCGGAGCCGGAGAACGGCAGCAAGACUUUGGGCGACGGCUUCUUUUUCGGCCUGUGGCAAGACAUCAUUUCUGUCGUAGAGCAGAUACCGCACGACCACGUCGCACAGGAUAAGCUUGUCAGUGUUCUAAGAGGGCUGACUCUAUUGUCUGAUACGGGAAUCACUGUGAAUGAAUCCCGGCUCUGGGUUGACCUUCCAUUUCUGGGAGCCGCCUUUAGGGAAUAUCUUAAUGGACCUGGUAGAUCGAAGGCCAAGGAGGAACAAAUUCGUAUCGAUCAAGCCUGGAUACGGUUCCACGCUUUCUCCGCCAGGCUCAUGGGUGCAGCGGUGAUCCACUGGCAGAACCAGCCGAUAUGGAUGCUGCGCGACGCGCUCGAGGAGGAGAAGAAUCCACCCAAGAGCAGCGACUUGGACAGGGACUUGGUGACCGCAGCAAUGUAUAUCGAAUUCUCCGGCCCGGUCCUCGUCGAAGCGUUGGCCGCGAACCCGGCCCCGGAGCUCUCCAACGAGAACCGCCGACUGCUCAAGGGCGGGUCACUUUUCCGUGGUGAACCGGGUUUGCGGUUGGACCGCUGGUCGUUUUGGACGAGGAGAUUCAAAGAGGAGGCGGAGAAGACGAGCACCCCAGAAGCGAGGGAUAUCGCUUUACGAGCUGCUCGGUUGAUGGAGGUUUGGGGUGAGACCAGGUUGAAACCCUAAGUAGGAUAGAUAGGUACCUAGACAACAGCGAGGAAUAAAACACCUACCUAAUCU